AUGUCAGGACAAUUUUCUCGUGAUGGAGGUGGCACUGUAUUAGAACCAAUGGUUAUCGAUGUUGCUGAGGCUAAUGCAUUGCGGACCGAUCUAUACACCGCCCUCCCCCCCAUUCCCGCACCCCCGACACACCGCCACCUGAAAUACCGAGUCUUGCCACCCCCCCCCCCCGCCAUACCACGCCCUCCUCAUUCCCGCCCCUCCGCCCGCCCACCCCUAUCCCCGCCCACCGACUACCAUCCGCCCCACCCACCCUCCCCCCCCUCCCGCCAAUCCCGACCGCCACCACGACACACCUUUAUCCCCCCCCACCCGCCCGACCCGCCAGACGACCGAAUUCAACACCCCCCCGCCCCCGAACACUACCCUUCCCCUCACCACCGACCCCCAAUCCCCCCCCCCCCAACCUCCCACCUCCACGCCCGCCCGCACUCCCCCAUCCUCUUCGGUACCCGCCCGACCCCCACACCCGACCACAAUCCUCCGGACCCGUACCCGACCCCCUCUAGACACCCCCCACCCCCCCUUCGGCCCCGACCCCUCCCGUUCCGACCACCCGAAGACUCCGCUUCCACCCGGAAGCCCUGCCACACCGACCCCCGAUCCGCACCCGAAUUCCCCCGAACAGCCCGGACCGACCCUCGAGACCCCCCCCAAAUCCCACCACCCGCCCCGCGCACACCGGACACGUUGGCCGACUCUGCUACCCCGCCCCUCCACCCGAUCCCCCCCCGAAUCACCCCUGCCCCGCACCCCGCCCGACCCCCGCCCCCCCGUUCCCCCCCCCCUCACAACCCCUCCCGCCCCCCAGACCGACUCUGUCCCGAAGUUCCGACCCCCGCCGACCCGUACCCCCUCCCACCCGCCCCGCCCCCCUCUACGAAUCCGAUCGCCGCCCGCUCGAUGCCACCUCCCACGCCCUCUCCCCGAUACGACGCCCGAUACCGCCCUCCCCAACCCUAUCGCCCCCCGACACCCACCUUCCACCAUCCUCGCCCCGACCCCGAUCUCACUCCACCCCCGCCACCCGCCGACCCCCGUCCCUCACCCCCACCCGAGCCCGCCCCCGACCCCCCAGCGGACCCGCCGCCGACUCCUCCCCCCCGUUCCCUGCCCACCCGAACCACACCCCCACCGAGCCCGCCCGCGACCCUCCCCCACCCACCCGAGGCCGACACCCCCCCCCCCUCCCCCGACCUAGCCCCGACAAGUCCGACCGCCCAUCCCCCUUCCCCCAGGUCCCCCACCCCGGUAUACCUCCCGACUCCUUAUCCCCCCUCCUUUCCGACCUCCCUCCCCGAACACACGUCAACCGACCCCCCCCGAACCCAGGCCCCACCACUCCCCGAAUCCUCGACGCCCCCCAGCCCCUCCUCUCCGCCGACCGAUUCCCCGCUCCUACACCCCCCAUCCCCCCCCCUGAACCCCCCCCGAUGCAGCCGUCCCUCCCGACCACACAACCAACCGACCCUACCCCCCGCCCUCCCCCCCCGCCCACCUCCCGCUCUUCACCGAUUCCCCCCACGAAGAACUUCCCGUCCCCCGCCCUCCGACCCUCCCCGACUGCUCCAUCCGCCCCCCCGCCCGCCCCACAGCUCAACGCACCUUCCGAACUCUCCCGCGAACGAAUUAACGGACCAAUUCCGGCCUCCCCCGACGCCCCGACCCCCCGCGCCGAGCCGCCCACCAACCCUCGAUCACACCCCUCCGGCCCCACAACCAACACCCGCCCUCCACAGCCAUCCCUCCAUGCCGACCACCGCCGCGCCUCUCUUCCCACGACCGCCACCCGCCGAUCCCUGCUUCACCUACCCACCCCCCGCCCUCCACCGCGGACCAGGCCGUCCUUACCCCGACGACCCUGAAUUCCCCGUGUCGCACCGAAUCACCCCACCCCUCCGCACGAGGCCCCCCGACACACUCUACCGUCCUGCCGUAGCCCGACCGACUGCGUCCCCGCCCCGUCACAGACCGAAUCCACGUAUCUCCUGCCCUCCUCCACCCGUCACCAGCAUCCCCGUUCCCCCCGUUCCGCCCCGGCCCCGUGCCCCGACCCACCCCCCAUCCACCGUACCACACGACGAUCGCCUCCCGACCCGCCCGCCCCGUUCUAUACCCUAUGCACACCCCGACCGAUCCCCACUCCCCCGGCCCCCUCCGGACCCCCGACCACCCCUAACCGUACUCAGCACAAUUUCUCCUCCAUCCCCUUCCCGAACCGUCCCCACGCUAUACCAUCCCGAAACCCGACCCCCCGACCCCCAACCGCAGCGCCGACCCCCGCCCCCCUUUCCCCCCGCCGGCCACCCCCCGCACCGAAUCCCGAACAGGCCGACCGACCCGACCGUCUCCCUCCCCGAAAUCACUCCUUCCGCCCCGUACCGAACACCCCCGACCAUCACCCCCACGCAAGGCCCGCCCGCCCCACCACCCCUGCUAGAAACUCCACCCACACCCCGCCCGUCCCAUCACGACCUCCGCCCGACCCCACGCGCCACACUCCGCUAA